CUUCCCAAACUAAGGAAGUCGUGGACAAAGCAUUGUUCAAACUGUUUAGUGUACUCAAGACUAACUGUUCUGCCCCAUUGAUAUAAAAAGAGAGAGUCUGAGGCUCUGCCACACCCAUAUAAAAGACUUCAAUGGCAUGAGUGCCGCGCUGCGCCGCGCCCAGAGGACUUUAUCCCAGCACGUCUGGGAGAUAGAUGCAGUAAAGUGCAGUGCAGUCCAGAGAAAUUCAACACACACACACGGAAGGAUGUAUGACCGCGCGCUGUUCGCUCUCUGCCUGCUUACUUUGGUGCUGCUUCAGAGUGCUGCGUCUUGUGAGGUGAGGCCUGUGCUCGCUCAGGUUCCUAAGAGGCUGCCCGCCGGUUAUGUCAUUUCCGAAGGCAAGGAGGAAUUAACUCUCAAAGGCUGUGCGGCCAAACCUGUGGCCUUUACUUCCAGUGACCCUGACUUCGCUGUAAAUACAGAUGGAUCCAUUAUCACAGUUCAUGGUUUGGAGAUUACAACAAAGCAGUUUUCUGUCCUGGUGCAGGAUGAGAACAGACUGGAUUGGAGGGUGGACAUUAUCCUGUCCUGUAAAGAUGAGCUAUCUCAGAAGUCCAGCAGUGCGGCUCAUAAGCGUACUAAGAGAAGAUGGAGACCGUUGCCUUUCUCUGUUGUUGAGAAUGACAUCCCUCCUUUCCCAAAGCAACUGGAGAGGAUUGCAUCUGAUUCUGCAGUAAAUUACUCAGUGUAUUAUGAGAUCAGUGGACAGGGUGUGACCACAGAUCCUAAGGGCUUAUUUAUUCUGAGCAAGUAUAGCGGCAUGCUGAGUGUGACCAGGGCCGUUGACCGUGAGCAGUACCCACAAUUCAAUUUUAUAGCUCGUGUGUUUGACUUAAGUGGCAAGGAAACAGAUCAAUUUCUGCCCAUCACUGUGAAUGUGGAGGAUCAGAAUGAUAAUGCCCCUGAAUUCAUAGGAGGUCGAUUCUUCACCGUAGAAGAGCGGUGCAGGGCAGGAACUGUAAUAGGACAAGUGAAUGCCACUGAUAAGGAUCAGGCUAACACUGCCCGCACCUUGAUCAAGUUUACUCUGCACAAUGCUACUGACAUGUUCUCCAUUGGUCCUUCUAAUGGAAUAAUAACUGCUAAAACCAACACCUUAGACAGAGAGGCUCAGGACAAAGUCUACGUUGAAAUAGAGAUCAGAGAUAUGGGCGGAGACCCUAAUGGGCUCUUCAGCAGAGGAACAUUUGUGAUUACUCUCACAGACGUUAAUGAUAACGCUCCUACCUUUAAGGAGAAGCUGUACAAAGCCAAGGUUCAGGAGAACCAGGAAAAUGUGCUAGUCACUAGGAUCCCAGUGGAAGAUAAGGACUUGGUGAACACCCCUAACUGGAAGGCCCUGUUUGAGGUCACCAAAGGAAAUGAGAGUGGCAACUUCAGGAUGGAGACAGACCCCAAAACCAAUGAGGGGCUUCUGUAUGUGAUAAAGGGAUUGGAUUUUGAAAAAACUCCACUGGUGAAUCUGGAAAUAACUGCCCGUAAUGAGGUUCCAUUGGUUGGGACUGACACUAAAUGGCUCUCUGUGCCACUCGAGCUCAGUGUGGGAGAUGAAGAUGAAGGUCCAGAGUUCAACCCUGACAUUAUAUAUCUCAAAGUCAAGGAGAACGUUGCCAAUGGAACCAUCAUUGGAACCUGUAAAGCUCUGGACCCUGAAAAUAAGAACAGCAAUGGAAUAAAGUACUAUAAGAUGACUGACCCAGGCAACUGGAUCACUGUGGUGGAGAACACUGGAGAACUGAAAACAGCCAAUACUAUCGAUCGAGAAUCACCUUUGGUCCACCAGGAUAUGUACAACAUAACCAUCAGAGCUGUGGAUGAGAGUAAGAAGACAGGAAAGGGGAUGGUUAUAAUCCAGAUCGAAGACGUGAAUGAUAACAUGCCUGUGAUUUUGAAUCCAAACCCGAUCGUGUGUAAUAAGGAUGAUAAGCUGAGCUCAGUUCUGGUUGAAGCUGUGGACAUGGACAAGUCACCUUACUCUACUCCCUUCAUUUUCGAACUUGGAGCAGAUCACGAUGGGAAGUGGAAACUGAAGGAUGCUACAGCAUCAUCUGUGGUGCUGGAACAGGCUGAGGCCAUGCCUACCGGUCUCUACAGUGUCCCUCUCUUGGUGAAGGAUCUACAGGGAUUCGGGAAAGAACAGACCGUGAAUGUGCGAGUGUGCACCUGUGAGAGGGAGGAAUAUGGGAUGGGAGUAUGUGGAGCUCGGAGUGCCUCGGCCUCUUUGGGCAGUUUGGGAAUCCUUGCCUUAGUUCUUUCUGGCCUGCUGCUGCUACUCUUAAGUCUGUUGCUCAUCUUCAUAUGCAGUACUAGGAGAGAAAAGCUGUACAUCAGUGAUGACACAGGAACAGGAGGAAUGCUGCUGAAAUCAAACACUGAGGCUCCUGGUGAAGAAGUGAAAGAUGGAGCUUUGAUGAUGAUUCCUGGGGUAGGGGCAGAGGUAGUGGACGGGUCACUACAGAGCGGCCUCAUGGAAAGUAAGAACAUGACUUUAGCUUCAGGACGCUACGGGCAGUUUUUCCAGGGAGGAGGCAUGUACAACACCACCAAUCAGGGGUUUGGGACAGAAAAUUUCUACUCAUCCGGACGCUUUGAAAACAACUUGUAUGGCAACAACACGUUACAGAAAUCAUCAAAUAUGAGUGCUCAGGACACAUGGAAAACCAAUGGGUUCUACUUGGACAGAAAACUGGCUUACUUUGGAGAUGAGGAGGAGGGGCGGUAUGCGGAUGACCUGCUGAAGACUUAUGGGGAUGAGGGGAUGGGAUCUCCUGCAGGCUCUGUAGGAUGUUGUAGCCUCUUGGGUGAGCCGGAAUCAGUGGACUUUUUGAACACUCUUGGCCCCAAAUUCAAACCACUGGCUGACAUCUGCUACACGACGAAUCGAACCGGAAACUAAAUCAAGAUGUGACUGAGAUGAGAGAGAGCUGUAUGAUGUUUGCCAGGGGCCUUCAGAACAUCAGAAGUUUUGGCUUGUUUUCCAGUAAAAAUAUCAAAACAGCUCUUAGUAUCUCAGUUUUGCUUCUUAAGUAAAUUUAUAUUGUUUUAGAAUUUUUAGUUAUUUCUGGAAAACAAGACAAACAAUGCCGAUUUAGAAAACUAUUUUUGCAGUACUGGAUUUAUCAAGUGCCUGUGUGUGUGCCUUUUAACUUUUGGUAGUUUUUAAAUGUGUAAAUGAUGCAAAUAAGCUUUUCUGUAGUUGUUUGCUAUCUUUUGCUCUGCUUUGAAAACCUCUUCCUCACAGAGCUAUUACAGAUAAGACGUUAUUCUCUCCCCGAUUGACUGCAGUUCUCAGCCGUGUGAAGUAUUAACUAGUCUAUAUUUACAAGACCAUGAUGAAGUGUGCUCAUAAACUUUUCUUUGGGCAACGUGUGGAAUUCAAAGUGCUCAUCAGCUCCAAAAGCACUUAGACCCAACAUCAACUCUGGACACUGAUCUCAUCCUUAGGCCAUGAUGUAUUACUGGAGUUUUUGUAUAGUUGCUAAGGGUUUUUUUUUUUUUUUUUUCCAAUGAAUAAGAAAACCAAAUAUCUUGUAUAUAAGUCACUUUAUGUUUUAAAUUAAGAUGUAGGUUGAAGAACAGGUACAUUUGGGAAAAACUACUUAGAAGUACUGUUUUGUUUGUUUUUUUACUUUAUGAUAUUUCAGUUUUGUUUUGACUGCACAUUUUGCGACUUCUUUUUGUAUUUGUGGUAAAUAUCACCAACAAAUAUAUUUAGAGGGUUGUUCUGAUUUUAGAUUUAAAGGGAUAUUCUUUGUAAAUAUUUUAAUAAAAUUGAUUACACACCCUAAA